AUGAUCAAAGAGCUCAGCACGGAGAACGCCGGCUUGAAGAAACAACAGGAAAUGUGUAUGAGGACCCUGACCACCACUGCGGACAGUGAGGAUGCCGCUGGAGGUGGAAGAUCGGCGUUGGAAGCUGCGGAAAAAGUUGCCGUUUUGUUAGAAAAUAUAAAGCUUUUAGAAAGUGCUCUUGAAGCCAAGGAGACUGCGCUCAAGGCAAACGAGUGUGUCCUCCGAGACAAGGAGCAUGCUCUGAAGGACACAGAGGCUGUUGUAAAAGAUAAAGAGGUUGCCCUUCAGGAAAAGGAGGCCGCUCUUCAGGCAGUUAUUGCAGAUAAGGAGUCUAUGCUCCGAGAGAAAGAGAAUGAAAUCGCGCAGUUGAUCUCGGAGGUGCAGAGACUUGCUAGCCGAGCGGCGGCUGUGGAGGCCGUUAGUGUCAAAGACAUCAGGGCGGAAGGCAUUAGGACCGAACAAGGACAAGCGUGGACCGAGAAAGAGCGGAAAGCCGAGAAAGACAGGAGGACCGAACUGGGGGUAGGUGGUUGGCAGGAAUCGAAUGGUCGAGGCGGGGAGUCACGACGGGUUGAGAGGAGUCGUUUGGAGUCUAAAAGUCUCCGCGAGUUGACCCAUGCGGCAAUGGAAAAAGUUCUUGGUUGGGCGGUGACGGUCGGUAUUUUCGAAGACGGGCAAAGGUUGAGUCGUUUGCACCUAAAACCGCCUGUGUGCGUUGCCCUAAGUACGCCGCCAGGGAGCGACUCUAUUGCCCAUGGCGACGAGAAUCGACUCAGCGGCCGUCCGGACGCGGACAGGGGGACCUACUUGUUCGAGGUUCGAUUGGCGUCCAUUUACUCACCGCCGGAGGACCCGGGAUGUAUCAUUGCCCAUUGCCCACUGGACAUGUUGGCUGACAAGGUUCGAGACAGAAGCGUUCAAGCUUUUUUGAGGAAACGCUACCACCUCAGUACCCCCUCAAUAAGCUAUGGAAAAUCUAUUGAGAACGACCCGGUUGGGAGGCUAGAUACUUCCACCUUGGAACGGCCUACUUCCACCUUGGAACGGCCUACUUCCACCUUGGAACGGCCUACUUCCACCUUGGAAGGGCCUACUUCCACCUUGGAAGGGCCUACAGCUGACCCCUGGGUCGAGGAGUUGUACGACUUAUCGGCUGAGGGAGUGCGCAUGAAACUCGUAGGACGCUAUGGAACGCUUUGGCGUCAUGGCGGAAUCUGGCAAAAUGUUUUCAGCAUCCGCCGCAAACUUGCUCCCCUAAUCGCAGCGAUCUCUAUUCACGAAUUGUCCUCAAGCUUCCGACUCCAAGGCCGAAAUAUGCCUAAAGACCGUCUGCUUGAAACACUUCUCAAAGACGCAGCUACGUCUCUAGCCAAAGGGGACGGAGAUACGCCAGCCGAAAAGGCAAGUAGCUAA